AUGAGGUUAACUGUUGGAAGCGAUCCAUCUGCUAUUGAAGAAAUAAGGGAUUUUGCAGAUUGGCUUUUGGACAUAGGAGAAGGUAAUCUUAGUGGUCCGAAUGACGGUGAAGCGAUUGUUGAUAUUCCACGAGAUAUUGUUAUUACUAAUCCACAUGAUCCUAUAGGUUCAUUAAUCAGUUUUGUAUAUCCUUCUAUACUGGAAAACUUCAACAUUGCUGAUUAUUUUCAAGAAAGAGCAAUACUAGCUCCCAAGAAUGAAGUUGUCCAAGAAAUAAACGAUCGUUUACUGUCAUUGUUUCUAGGAGAACAAAAAGAAUACUUAAGUUCAGAUAGCCUAUCCCAAUUCGAGUUUGUUCAUGAUGAGUUUGAUGCAAAUUUAUACUCACCUGAUGUUUUAAAUGGUCUUAAAGUCUCAGGUCUUCCAAACCAUAAGCUCAUUUUAAAAGUCGGUGUUCCAGUUAUGUUAUUGAGAAACAUUGAUCAGAAAAAUGGUUUAUGUAAUGGGACUAUACUACAGGUUAAAUCUUUGGGAAAACGUGUUAUUGAGGUAGUUAUCUUAUCUGGAAGUAAUAUUGGAAACCGGACUUUUAUUCCAAGAAUGUCUUUAACUCCUUCUGAAGACAAUAUCCCGUUUAAAUUCCAAAGAAGACAAUUUCCAUUGGUUGUGUGUUUUGCAAUGACAAUUAAUAAGAGCCAAGGACAGUCUUUAUCGAAGGCUAGUUUGUCUCUCAAGGAGCCUGUUUUCACACAUGGUAAAUUGUAUGUUGUUUUAUCUAGAGUUCAAAGUAGAGAAGGAUUAAAAUUGUUGAUUUUAGAUAAUGAUGGUAAACUAACAAAUAAAACAUUCAAUGUUGUGUAUAAAGAAGUUUUUAGAAAUUUGUAA